AGGAAAAUUGUGUGUCUUAUCAACCGAAAGUAUCAAAAACAAGUAGACUCGUAUUCAUUCGAAGCUAAACUAUUAAAUCUUUGGCUACCAAUGGUAUUCAAAACGGAAUGGAAUAUCUGUAUAGUUCUACUUGGUCAUCUCUCUUACAUCCAAGGAAAACCACCUCACAUCAUCUUUUAUUGUGCCGACGAUCUUGGAUGGAACGACGUAAGUUUUCACGGCUCUUUACAAAUACCGACACCAAAUAUUGAUGUUUUAGCUGCCAAUUCAAUAGUCUUAGAUAAUUAUUAUACUCAGCACAUAUGCACUCCAUCAAGAGCUGCGUUACUUACUGGAAAACUUCCAAUAGAUACAGGUCUUCAGCAUUUCGUAUUACAGGGAGCCCAGCCAGCUGGAUUACCAACAGAUGUGAAAAUUCUACCUCAAUAUUUGAAAGAUUGUGGUUAUAAAACUCAUGGAGUUGGAAAGUGGCAUUUGGGGUUUUUCAAGAAAGAAUAUUUUCCAACAGAACGAGGAUUCGAUUCAUUUUUUGGAUUUUGGACAGGACUAAUGGAUUAUUACGACUACACUACGUAUGAAAGUUAUGAAAAUUCUACUUUAAAAUAUGCCUGGGGAGAUGCGUUAAGAGAUAACGAAAGAGUAGCCAGAGAAUAUAAAGGAAUUUAUGCAACUCAUUUAUUUACAGAUCGAGCAAUCAAUAUUAUUAAAACACACGAUAAAGAAAAGCCGUUAUUUCUGUAUCUAACACCUAAUGCUGUGCACAGUGGAAAUCCAUAUGAUCUAUUUCCAGCACCACAAAGUGAAGUCUCAAAAUUUUCAUGUAUAGAGGACACACAAAGAAGAAAGUUUGCUGCGAUAGUUUCAGAAUUCGAUAAAUCAGUUGGACGAAUCUUUAAGGCCUUACAAGAUAAUUCUAUGUUAGAUAAUACUAUUUUUGUGCUUUCUACGGAUAACGGUGCAGAAGGUGCUGGUUUUAGAGGCGGAGUUGGUUCAAAUUGGCCUUUAAGAGGGAAUAAAGGAACUUUAUGGGAAGGAGGAGUGAGAGGAGUUGGAAUUGUAUGGAGUAAAUCGUUCAAGCAACAACCGAGGAUUGAAAGGAACUUAAUGCACAUAACUGAUUGGCUUCCGACACUUUAUCAUGCUGCAGGUUGUAACGUUAAAGACUUAAAGGAUAUUUAUGGAAUAAAUCAAUGGGAGACUUUAGUUCAUGGCAAACCGACAUCUCGGAAAGAAAUUCUUCAUAAUAUCGAUCCAAUCGAUGGUGCUUCGGCUCUUCGAUUCCAAAAUUAUAAACUGGUAAAUGGAUCGAAUCUUGAUGGAAAAUACAAUGCAUGGUAUGGACCUACCGGGAGAGACAAAAAUUAUUUUUCUUCCUGUUACAAAAAGUUACUUCGCUCCUCAUAUUCUUGGAAAGUUCUUGAAAAGGAAGGAUUACUCUAUAACACUGACACGUUUUUCGUCGGAUUGCAAGAUAGUUGUUUUUCUUACCAGAAAAGGAACAACAGUAAUUGUGAUCCUAAUUUAGCACCAUGUUUAUUUGAUAUAUUAGAAGAUCCUUGCGAACUAGAAAAUAUUGCAAAUUUACAACCAAAGGUUGUGGAAUAUAUGCUGAAGCGAUUGAACUUUUGGAAAAAAAGCGAAGUUCCUCCGGUUAAUCAAACUAUCGAUCCGAAUGCUGAUCCUGCUCUUCACGGAUUCACUUGGACAAACUGGGCAGACACGAAAAGUUACAAUAAUUAUGAUUUUGAAUGAAUGUUGACUAAUUAUUUUUAUCAUUGAAAAUAUAAAUGAUAAUAAUAGUAUGUAAUCGAUAGUUAAUAUACAUUUGAAGUUUAAAAAAAAAAUUAUUAUUUUUUACUCUCGUCUCUAUGGCCACAACUAGGACAUCGCGCGACUUUGUCGUAU